AUGCGAGGGUGGCAGUGGCGCCAGUCGCCAGUGACGAGAGUGUUGUUCCGUGACCAGCGAGUGCAUGUCAAGAGGGACGAUGUGUUUCAUCUUGCCGGCAACAAGAUGCGCAAAAUGUAUUAUUUCGUGAGGCAGAGCGACACCUUUUUCGCCGACGCCCAUUUGUUCAGCUUCGGUGGAUCACAGAGCAACGCCAUGUUGGCAUUGGCGCAGCUGGCAAAUGCCAGACGCAUGCCAUUCACCUACUUCAGUCGGGAGUUGCAACUCAAGGACGAAAUAGUGGAGGGGAAUUUGGCAUUGGCCAGGACGCUGGGCAUGCGCCACGUACAGCUCCAGCCUGACGCGUAUCAUGAACUGGUGCGCACUCGCGACUUUGCAGCGUUUCUAGACAGCGAUUUGCGUCCUCCAUCGGGUACAAGGAGCUUGUACGUGCCACAAGGAGCAGCAUUUCCUGAGGCCCAGGACGGCGUCAAGCUGCUAGCCGAAGAGAUCAAUGAGUACGUUCUGGCACAAUGCAAGCAGUUCUCAGUUGUGUUACCUUGCGGUACGGGUACGACCGCGCUGUAUUUGUCACAACAUCUACACCCAGAGAUCAAUUUGUAUGCAGUCCCCUGUGUUGGCGACGCUGCAUACCUGCAACAACAGUUCCAACAGCUUAUUGACGAAGAUCCAUCCCUGCAGCCACACACGACGUUGUUGCCUCGCAUAUUGAUUCCGAAGAGGAAAAACCGCUUCGGACGGCUGUGGUGGCCGCUGUAUGACAUGUACCAUGAGGUUCUGCAGGAAACAAAAGUGGACUUCGACCUCGUUUACGGCGCGUUUGUUUGGCACACGCUGUUCUCAGAUCCAUCAGUGCUUGGCGAGGUGCUAAAUCGAAACAAGAGCAGCGUAUCGUACCCCAGACAUUCUACCAGACAUGAUGAGCGGGAGCUGAUGUACAUUCACACGGGUGGUACAUCUGGAAACGCCACAAUGUUGGCCAGAUAUACCCGCAAGAAUAGAUUCUAG